GCUGAUAUAACUUAUUAAAGACAAAAUAGGAUUUUAUUAAUCAUCAAGUCGUAAAUAAAAACAUUACUUUAUAUAAACCGGUUACUGAAUGCACAAGAUCAGUGAUGUACUUGAAUUUGCAAAGAAUGUACACAAACAUAAAUGUGAAGUGAUAGUUUUCGUAUUCUAACCUAUGAGAAGCAAACAAAACGCGAUUAGUUUCGAAAAUGUCGGUAGAAGGUGUGAUGGUCUCAUACAAUUACUCCGAAGACGGUGAACUGGCUAACAUUCUGACAGUAGCGGCCUCUGGAAUCAAAUUCUCAAAACGCUGGGUGCUAACUCACGGGUCCAUACUCUCACCUCUUAAAGAAGCCAAUAUCAUAAAAAAUGCCAAAGGAAAACCAAUUUUAAACGAAGAGUUUUAUGAUAAACUACCAGAAAUAUAUGUGACUUGCGAAAAGAAACAGUCUAAAGUGCCUAACGUUUACGAAGGAGUGGAGAGAUUAAGUAGGGAGAGGAAUUUAGAUAGUGAUAUUGAUUUUGAGCAAAGCUGCUAUCAGAUUAGUGUUCUUACUGGCAGGAUCUGUCACGUAUGGCAAUGCCCGGUGCUGGACCGGUGUGUUGACGACGUGCUGUACAGCUGGACAGUGGGCCACCGCGAUGGCGACCUCGAGCGCCAGACGCCGCUCGGCAAAGCUCUGCUCUCAGUCUUCGUACUCAUCGACUUGGAGAGCGACAACCGAGUGUUAAAGACUCUGCGUCCAUUGUCAGAGCUACUGGACAUGGUUCGGCCGCCGCCGGAGCGCGGCGCUCUCAUUGAAGUCCAGUCCACACCAUUCGGAUGCGAGGUGUUCCUGAAUGCAGUGACGCGGGGCUCGGUGUGCGGCGUGGUGGGGCGGCGACCUUCUCUGCUGCUCACUGACGCUGCCACUGCGCUUGGCUCUGAAGGCGGGCCUGUCUUCAAUGAAGGUCCCACUAGCGAGCUGGUGGGCGCGGUGGUGUGCAGCGUGUCGUGGUGGCGCGGCGAGUGGGUGGGGCUGACGCUGGCGGCGCCGCUGCGCGCCGUGCUCGCCGCCAAGCUGCGCGUGCCCCCCCAACACCCCCAGCACGUGCCCCGCCCUCCCUCGGGACACUUCAGCGACAUUCUGGAGCGCAUCGACCGCACGACGGUGCUGGUGCGGUGCGGCGCGGCGUGGGGCGCGGGCGUGUACCUCGGCGGCGGGUACGUCGUCACCUGCGCACACGUCGUCAAAAACCACACGAUAUACAAAGUGUCGCUGUACGGGCUGGGCGCGCGCGAGACCGCCAUCGUGCGCUACAAGACGGCGGACGACAAGGCCUACGACCUGGCGCUGCUCUACUCCAACCCGCAGCGCUGGCCGCAGCUGCUGCCCGCCGCCUUCGCGCAGCGCCCGCCGCGCAAGGGCGAGGCGGUGGUGGCGGCGGGCUACCCGUACUUCAGCGAGGACAAGCUGGCGGCGCUGCGCCCCACAGUCACCCGCGGACACGUCAACAACGCCGCGCCCUCCAUGCUGCAGACCUCCUGCUGCGUGCAGUCCGGCUUCAGUGGGGGGCCUAUAUUCCGUCUGGGAGGCGAUGCGGGGAGUGCGGAGGUGCUGGGGGUGAUCGUGAGCAACGCGAAGACGCAGACGGGGGCGUGCUACCCCUACGUCAACAUGGCCGUGCCCGCGCGCGUCUUCCUCACACUGCUCAGGAACUUCAUGGUCGACAAAGAUGAAACAAAACUGCGAGAAAUCGAAAGCAACAAAGAGAUCAUUCAAUCGCAAUGGCGGCUGUUGCCGUAUCGCUCAAAAAUAUGACUGCUUACAAUUAACUUACAAUUAAUGUAAAUAUUUAAGUGUCCUUUUAAAAGUAUAAAUGUGUUGAACUAAUAAAUAAAAUUGUAUAAUUUACUAUA